AAAUACUGAGAAAUAAACAUUAUGAUAAUUAUAAUAAAAAUUUUCAUAUUAUUUUUAAUUUUCAUAAAUUUGUAUUGAAUACAAGAAUAUACUAAUAACAUUUUCAUUUAUCAUUUUCUGCAUUCUCAAAUUCAUUUUCUUGCUACAGUCCUGUAUUUAGCAUUAUGAAUAUGAGUAAACCUAACCUUUACAUCAAGUUUGACUGAUAUUUAUUUGUUGUUGUUGCUUCUUGCCUAAAUACGUUUACAGAAAUGACUACAUGUAAAUUAAAUCAAAUAUUUAUUGGAGAAGUUGCAUCUGUACAAAAUUAUGGAGCUUUUAUCAGAAUUCCAGGCUGUUCCUUCCAGGGACUGAUACACAAAUCACAGGUAAGCUCUGCUCAUAUCGAUAAUGUUGGAGAAGUUUUGCAAAAAGGAGAACGUAUAUGGUGUAAAGUUAUUUAUAUUGGAGAUGAUGGCAAAAUAGGACUAUCUAUGAAGUAUGUAAAUCAAGGAAAUGGUACAGAUUUAGAUCCAAAUGGAAUACAGCUACAAAGAGAUGUUCAAAAGAAAAAGCCUAUAGAAAAACAUGAUCGUAGAAUUAUACACUUAGAAGCAAUUCUUAACACUACAUGUAUGAAAUGUGGAACUGCUGGUCAUUUAUCUAAAGACUGCUUUAUGAGUCCUGAUGGAAAAAGGUAUGAAUUGAUCCCAGAAAUUGAAGAAAAACAAGACGUUACACAAAUACAAAGUAAUAUAAGUAAAAAAGACAUAAGUCAUAAACAGAAGAAAUUAAAAAAAAAAAAGAAAGCAAAAAAAAUCAAACAGGAUGCACUUGAUAGUGAUUCUGAUGGAAAAGAUACAGUUAAAAAGAAAAAGAAGAAAUAUUCUAAAGAUCAAAAGAAGAAAAGGAAGAAACAUGAGAGUUCUUGUAGUGAUAAAAAUUCUAACGAUAGUUUUUCUAGUCAUGAUGUGAAAAAUCAUAAACGAAAGCAUUCAGAAAGUUCAGGAAAACAUACUAAAAAGUGUAAACAUUCAAAAAUUAAAUAUGCUAAUGAAUGAAAGCAUAAAAACUAGAAUGUAAAUUUAAUUUCCAUGCUGGUUUUGUAUAUUUUUAAAUUAUUAAAAUAUUUCUCUUGAAACAUCUAUUUUAUAGUGUAUCUAACAAUAUAAUAAUAAAAAUCAUACUUACUGAUGUUAAAUA